GUUGAGGACGCGCUCUUUAGAGUGCCCCGGCACGUAUUAGAAACGUCGUCGGAAGUCUUCCGCGACAUGUUCCUUCUUCCCGUUGGAGUAGGUUCGGCGGAAGGAAAGACAGACAGACAUCCUGUAGUCCUUGAAGGUGUAUCGAGUCAUACGUUCAAGCUCCUGUUGAAAGUAUUGCUGAAGUUCUCGUAUUCUAUGGAUGCAUGGACGGCAGUAUUGAAGCUUAGCGAUCAGUGGGGCAUGAGCAGCGUUCGCAAGUUCGUGUUGAGGAACUUGAACUCAAAAGAGUCAAUGCUGGGUCCACUGGAGAAGGCAGGCUUAGCUCUGGAACUCGACAUUAAGAGGUGGCUCGUCCCAUCGCUUGAGGCAUUGGCAAGAAGGGAAGAGCCGCUGUCGAGGGUGGAAGUGGAAAGACUUGGGAUAGAGGCCGUGUUGAAACUAGCUGAGGUCCGGGAAAGCCUCAUUGCUCGUAAGUAUGGCGGAGUUGCUGUCGGGAAGAGAGAAGCCAAAAAUCUAAACUUUAGGGAGAAAAUCAGGGAAGUGUUCAGACAGGAACUGACCGAGUAG